AUGGCUUGCCUCGGAAGUGCCUCAGAAGUGCACGGCUUGUUCCCAGAUGUCUCGGAAGCGUCCCAGAAGAGCACGGCUCAUUACCACAAGCCUCGGAAGCUGGAUACAGCCUCAGGUAGUGAUUUGCUGGCUCGGCCUGGAGGCCCCUACGGCUCAGGCUUCGAUAAUCCCAAGCCUGAGGCCGUCCCCCAGGCCGCCAUGUGCCCCGUGUUGGUGGUCUCUGAUUGGCUUAUGGGAUACAAGUUCAUUUCCGCCGUCAAUAGCCAUCUCGCCAUUGGUUCUUCCUCAACAUCAGCCCCAUCGUCAUUGCCAAGUCUGCUAAGCAUUUUCAGCUGCCGGUAUCACAAUUACCAAGCGCCGAAAUCGACUAUCUUCUCUUCCGCCGCCCGCGAGGUGGUGACCAUGGCCCAAGAAGAGAAGGACCUCAAUUUCGUAGACAGGCCUGGAGCCGGAGAACCAGGAGAGGGAUACAGUGCAGGCCCAGGGCCGUCAAGGAUGCAGAAGCUUGUAGAUGACAACAACAACAUAGCAGUGGAGUUCAACCAUGCAGAUGAUGCCAGAGCCGGGCCUAGGCCAUGGGAAGCCGGGAGGGACGGCUCAGGCUUCAAAUAUUGA